GGCAAAUGGAAAAAAAUAUGUGUUAGUCUCUUAAAUUCAAUAUGGUAUUUAAAAUUCAAACCACUUUUACGUCGUGUUCGUUCCAUUAAGGCUUUAAAACCGACUGUCUCCAGUUUUGUGUUAUUUAAUUAAUUAUAUAGUUUACAAUUUGUGAUACUUUUACUUUUGCAUUGGCUUGUCCAAGCUUCAUGCAAUUACUUUUAUAAUGUCCUCGUCGUGUGAGUUCAAAUUCGAUCGGGCCAAUGCAAUUUUCUACAGCGGCGAGAUAGUUACCGGGCGCAUUGUUUUGAAAACGUCUUCUAUCAAGUCUGUUAACAGGAUCUACAUACUGUUCCUAGGUCUGGCGAAGGUCAUUUUCGAAGAGCAACGUAGUGACACCACAUCUGGCAACGAAGUCAGGUACGAAAGGGUGACUUCUCAUGCCACAGAGAUGUACGUCAAGUCUCACACAAAUGUGUAUGAGAAAGGCAGACUGCCAGACGGUACGCAUACCUUUCCAUUCUCCAUACCGCUGCCGCUGGAGUGCCCCACAUCGUGUGUGGGAAAAUAUGGGAAGAUCUCCUAUGAGUUGUCACUCGUGAUGGAGCGUUUCUUGAGAUACAACAAUGUGUUCAUUCGGCCGCUGACCGUAUUGCAGACCUAUAAUCUUAACUUGCAUCCAGAAAUGUCCAUGCCGAUUGAGCAUGAGGCAAUCAGGAAAUUAUGCUGCUGGCCCUUUCGUUCGGGACCCAUAAAUUUACAUCUUGCAAUACCCUUUAGUGGCUAUGCGGCGGGUCAAACGAUAAACUAUAAAGUUCAUAUAGACAAUAUGUCGAAUCGGGAUGUUAAGGGUUUCUCAAUGACUCUGAUACAGAUAUACGAAUUCAGGAUUAGACAUGAAAGACGCAUAGUCUCUUCGUAUUAUCGCGGGGAAUUUGAACCGGAGGUUGUGGCUCCUGAGCACAAGCGCACGAUAAAAGGCCACUAUAUAAUACCAUCCCUACCGCCCACAUCCCUGGCAAAGCUCAUAAUACAAGUAUCAUACAUGAUCAGAUUGACUGUCCUGUUUAGCGGCUGGCAUAUGAAAUGGAAUAUUGAUGUGCCUAUUACAAUUGGCACCAUACCACUUACUCAAAGUGGUGAUCGCAAUGCACCAAAAGAAUAUAUACCAGAUAUAAAAGAUAUCCAACGACAUACAGUGGGAGAUCCACCACCUUCCUAUAAUGAACAUCAACCUUUGUUUGAGCAUUCAGCAUUUAUUGGGAAACUAUUUGUGGACCCCGAUGCAAAUGAGUACAAUCGCACCGAUGAUUUCCUUCCAAUGUAUCCCGUAUACAGAAACAUGCCGCUAACCAAGCCAACAAUAGAGGGGUCACAAACUGAAAUGGCGGCAUCGGAGGCUGCUCCCUCAGAGGUGACACCUGAGGCGUCACCUGAGGCGUCAUCUGAGGCGUCACCUGAGGCGUCAUCUGAGGUGACUCCAGAUACGGCUCCAAAAACACCGCCAAAAGAAUAGCCAAUCAUAUUAGAUUGCUAUAAAACCAUGUAUGAUGGAACCUAGAUGAUUCUUUAUCUAUAUCUGUUUAAAUAUACGAGUAUUUAAUACACUUACAA